UGUGUGUGUGUGUGUGUGUGUGUGUGUGUGUGUGUGUGUGUGUGUGUGUGUGUUUCAGGAGGACGAGAAGUUUCUGACAGAGGUAUUUGCUCAGCUCACUGAUGAAUCCACAGAGGACAGCAAGAGGAGAGAGCUGGUGAACUUCUUCAAGGAGUUCUGUGCGUUCUCGCAGACGCUGCAGCCGCAGAACAGAGACGCCUUCUUCAAGACUCUGGCCAAUCUGGGCAUCCUGCCGGCGCUGGAGAUCGUGAUGGGCAUGGAUGAUGUGCAGGUGAAGGCCGCCGCCACAGAUAUCUUCUCCUACCUGGUGGAGUUCAGUCCAUCGAUGGUGCGUGAGUUCGUGAUGCAGGAGCCGCAGCAGGCUGAUGAUGACGUGCUGCUGAUUAACGUGGUGAUCAAGCAGAUGAUCUGUGAUUCAGACCCUGAGCUGGGCGGAGCCGUGCAGCUGAUGGGGCUCCUGCGCACACUCAUAGACCCCGAGAACAUGCUCGCACCCUCCAACGUGAGUAACACACACACACUCCUGCGCACACUCAUAGACCCCAGGAACAUGCUUGCACACUCCAAUGUGCGGAAUACACAAACACACACACACACACUCUUAGGGGCCGAUCACAACGAACCCGUGUUUGUUCCAGAAUCGCGGGAGACGCCCCUCUGCCUUUUAUUGACAGAGUAAAGAAGUGCGCUGCUC